GUACACGAGAUCAACAUGGAUCUUCUCACCGUGCUCCCCUCCAGCUUCGGUGUCAUAUUUACAUAUCUCUACAGCUGGUUUAUGCUGGCUUAUUUAGCUGUCAAGUUUGGAGGCGCGAGGAAAAAAUAUCCCACCAUGUACAGCGACAAGGAGCAGGUUUUCAACUGUAUCCAGAGAGCCCAUCAGAAUACCUUGGAGGUGUACCCCCAGUGGCUCGUUUUCCAAACUAUUGCGGCCCUCGUUUAUCCGUUGUCUGCCUCUGUGCUUGGUGCUAUUUGGGUGACCAGCAGGUUUUCCUAUGCCUGGGGCUACUACACAGGAGAUCCAGCCAAGAGGAUGAAUGGUGCUUACGGCUACAUUGGCUAUUUUGGCGUUAUCCUCCUGUCCAUAUCUGUGGCCCUGCAACUGCUUGGCGUCUUUUAAGAAAAUUAUCAGCUUGUGUUUGUCCACUGCUUGAUAAUUAAAAGCACGUCAGCGACAAAGUCUCUUUUCUUUACCUAACUUGAAAAUAUAGCUCCAUGUAAUUUUUUUGAUUAUCUAGUUUUAUAUGCAAGAGAUAAAACAAAGUACAUUAAAACAAAUUUUAUCGCAUCAAAUGUAUAAUCUAAGUAGCCUCUUUUGCUGUUUAUUGAAAAGACCAUCAGUAGAUGAAUUCUUCAAAUCUUUAUGACAUUGGAUCUUUGUUUGGAUUAUUGUUUUGUUAGACAUAAAGUUGUUAGUUUUCUAAUAAAACUAAUGUAGUUGACCUGUUUAAUUAGCUGAAAUUGUAAUCGUCUAUUGUAAACAAUAAAAAGCAUGUCAAUAAACAUUUUUCUAUAAUCUUUCA